AUGAACUGGAGUGACGGUGCAAAUUUCUAUCUCCUGAAAUCUGUCAGCAUUUAUGGCAAAAACUGGAGCCUAGUCAGCAGUGCUCUAUCCGUGAUCGCGAACACCUUUCUUAAACAUCAACAAUUAAAUGACUUCUCCGACAAGAGCUGCUCUCUUCAGUACAAAUACCUCAUUGCCUCAACUCGGCAGACAGAAGAGCGAUUCAGCUAUUUGCGGGAGGAGAAUCUGUUGACAAUUGCUAUCAACCGUUAUGCGGAACUUCGCCGUGAACAGAUAAAGCAACAGAAGGCGGCACUGUUGCACAAGCUAGAGUAUGAUGACCUUCUAAUGCUUUCCAACCCUGUCUUCCUUCCUAGGGCAGAUGCUGAUGACAAUAAGAAGUUGCUGGAGGGCAGAUUCAGUGAGCUCUCGCCGGAGGCCAUUCUAACCUUUCGCAAACGUUGCCGUGCAUUUGGCCUGCCAGAUGUAAUUGGCGAAGCUCUGCACUGGGAUCCGCUGCCCCCGAAUGAGGAGGAGGAUAGGCUGGUUCGCAAAUCAGUGCGUUGUGCUGACAAUGCCGACAACGGACUGUCACAUGCCACAAUGGACGCCGAGGGUGGCCUCUGGAUCCCAAUGCUACCGGAGCACUUCCGUAGCUUCUUCCCGGAGAAGGCGCAUUCGGCUGCCUCGCCGUCGCUACCCUUCUUGACUGAAUUGCCUCAGUUCAGUUCAGGGUUUGUGGAGGCCUGUAAGAAUUUCUGGGUGCUGCUAUGGCAUGAUUCUUAUAGUUGGUGUUGUACUCUAGCGUGA